AUGCAAGAAGAAAACCUUUUGAACAACCAACUGAACUUGUUGUCCUUUCAAGAUAAUACUACUGACUUGAAAGAAAAAAAAUCUUUGAAAUAUUAUUGCUAUCGUCAUCGGCCCGAUCUACAGAAAGCAAGAAAAGGUCAAGAACCAACUAUGGAAGAACUAUAUAAGCAAGCCGAAAGGUUACCCGAGGAACAAAAAGAGGCAAUUAAACAUAUAUGGUCAUAUUUCUCCGCCGCUUCUUCUUCGAACCGUAACCUUAUUCUCCAAGGUAUCCUGAAUCAAUGUUGCCUUCCGCAACUAUCUUUUUUGUCUCAUAAUCUCAGAGGCCUCAUCAGGAUUGAUUUCAUUUCUACUCUUCCUAUCGAACUCGCCUUCCAUGUCCUAUCUUAUCUUGACGCAAUUUCUUUGUGUCGUGCUGCUCAGGUGAGCAAAUUGUGGAGAAAGCUGGCUGAUAAUGACUUUAUAUGGCACCAAUUAUGUGCACAACACAUUAAUAAAAAAUGUGUAAAGUGUGGUUGGGGCCUUCCAUCCUUGUUUGAGAGAGGGUUUAGCAGAGAACGUUCUUUCGCGCCCUUAUCAUGUUAUACUCCCGACCGACCUCGAUCACUACCGUCAUCUCCACCUUCAUCACCUUCAACCACCUCACCAUCUACACCGAACGCUUCAGGUUAUGAUUCACAAGACGAGUUUCGUGAGCCUGUACGUACCCGUGCUUCUUAUAACAGGUCAACGACUUUUCUUCCUGAUAUGUUGUCGUCACAAAUAGUUCCCGAGAAUCAUCAGACGCAAUCUUGGAAACAAGUUUAUGCUGAGCGCCAAGUCGUAGAACGUAAUUGGCGAAAGUGUCGUUGCAGAACACGUGUGUUGAAAGGUCAUAGCGAUGGUGUAAUGUGUCUGCAAUACGAUGAUUGUAAUAAUAUUCUUAUUACCGGCUCCUAUGAUACAACUGUUCGCGUGUGGAACAUAGAUAGCGGUGAAGUCAUUCGGGUAUUUACGGGACACACGCGGUGUGUACGUGCUUUACAAUUUGAUGGCAAAAAACUCAUUACUUGUUCCAUGGACCAUACCUUGAGAGUGUGGAAUUUCCAUACUGGAAAGUGCUUAAGGGUACUUGAAGGUCACACAGAUGGAGUUUUAAGCCUUCACUUUGAUGAUAAUAUUCUUGUCAGCGGUUCUGCUGACAAUAAUAUAAAAGUAUGGAAUAUUCAUACAUGCGAAUGUUUCACCUUGGUUGGUCAUCAAGAAUGGGUAAAUCGUGUGGUAAUCUAUAAAAAGACAAAGUUAUUUUCCUGUUCUGAUGACCACACUAUAAGGGUCUGGGAUUUGAAGUCAAGAGUAUGUACACGUGUUAUUGAGGGUCACAACGCGCCAAUUCAAUGUAUCCAACCAGCUUAUUCACUGAUGGCUUCUAUUAAUAAGAAAGAUUUGGAUAAAAUUCAAGAUCCAAUGAAAGAAGACCCCGAACCACAUCCCGUAAUAAUUUCAGGUGCCUUGGAUAAUAUUAUUAAGAUAUGGUCUAUUCAAACGGGAGAAUGUCUUAGGACCCUGUUUGGUCAUGAGGAUGGUGUAUGGUCAUUGGCUGUGGAUAAAUUACGUUUGGUCAGUGUAUCCCAAGAUCACACAGUCAAGAUUUGGGAUAAAGAUUCUGCUGAUGGAUGCCUGCACACUUUGCAUGGUCAUUGUGGCGCAGUUAAUUGUGUUGCUCUGGGAGAAACCAAAAUAAUCACAGGUGGUGAGGAUGCAGAAAUAAGGAUCUGGGAUUUUAAAGCCUAA